AUGCAAUACGUUGGACGAGCUAUAGGAUCGGUGUCGAAGACUUGGUCGUCCAUCAACCCAUCUACCUUGUCUGGAGCGAUCGAUGUGGUCGUUGUAGAACAUCCGGAUGGUAGACUGGCAUGCUCGCCGUUUCAUGUACGGUUUGGAAAGUUCCAAAUCCUGAAGCCCUCGCAAAAAAAAGUGCUCGUUUCUGUUAACGGACAGCCCACAAACAUUCCUAUGAAGCUGGGGGACUCUGGGGAGGCGUACUUUGUGUUCGAAACGGAGGCAGAUGUUGAUGCAAUUCCGGAUGAACUCAUCUCUUCGCCUGUAGUGAGCGCUACCAGCAGCCCAUCAGCUACCCCGAACGACACAGAAAGCAACAUAGCGCCAUUGGAAGAGCCUGAUUUUUUGGAUAUCGGCAAACCGGUGCAAGUGGAUACCCUAAUGCCCUCAACUCCCCCUCCUCCUAGACGACACUCGAUAUUCGAGGAAAGAGCUCGUAAGCUUAACCAAAAGCUGCACGAGAAAAAAAUUCCCAGUAAGUUUGACAACAAUGGCGACUUGUUGCUUGAUAUCGAGGGCUACAAGCCUAGCACGGACAAAGUGCACGACACAGACGCCAUGCUGAAGCAGCUACUCCAGGAUGAGCUGGGCACCGAUUUUGACAUUUCAUCGUUUGUGAGGGAAGAUCGCAGCGGUAACAUGCGGAUCGUGAACCCGGGGGACGACGCAAGCUUUAUUUCACCGCCUGGCUCUCCCACUCCGCAGCCAAGCGAUGUUCCCGACAUCCCCAGCUCAUGCCCCUCAGAAACCUCUACACAGACUUCUAUCACAACUUCAACAGACUACACUCCUCCUUCGUCAUCUAGAGCACCAGACUCGGCCGUCGCUCCAAAAAAUUAUAUCAAAACUAUUCGACUCACGUCCGAACAGCUGCGAUGUCUCGAUUUGAGGUAUGGUGAGAAUGACUUAUCGUUUUCCGUUGAUAACAGCAGGGCCGUUAUUACUGCAAAGCUGUUUCUUUGGCGGUGGGACGUACCGCUUGUCAUUUCAGACAUUGAUGGUACAAUAACAAAGUCUGACGCAUUGGGUCAUGUCUUAACGAUGAUCGGUAGAGACUGGACCCAUCUUGGAGUAGCAGAGCUGUUCACUGAGAUCAAGAGAAAUGGUUACAACGUGGUCUACCUAACAGCUAGAAGUGCCGGUCAGGCAGAUUCCACUAGAAGCUAUCUGAAUAGUAUUGCUCAGGACGGCUUCAAGCUACCGCGCGGCCCCGUUAUCUUAUCACCAGACAGAACCAUGGCAGCAUUGAGAAGAGAGGUCAUUUUGAAAAAACCUGAAGUGUUUAAAAUUGCCUGCUUGAAUGAUCUCCGAAGACUGUACUAUGGAGAAGUCGAGCUAAGUAAAUUGAAUGACGACACAAGAAGGGAUGAUUUUCCCACACCCUUUGUUGCAGGAUUUGGCAACCGGAUCACAGAUGCCCUCGCUUACCGCACCGUUGGUAUCCCAAGUUCCAGGAUUUUCACUAUAAAUCCCGAUGGAGAGGUUCACAUGGAGCUGUUGGAGCUUGCUGGAUAUCGAAGUUCUUACAUCCACAUCAAUGAGCUGGUGGACCAUUUUUUCCCACCAGUGGCUACCAAUUACUCUAACGGCGGGGAUGAUUGUAGGAACCUGUCACCAACUCCAGGGUCUCCUCCUGGCACCGUGGUGGAGGGCAGGUCGUUUCAUCGCCCACGCGACGUGCAAUUCACAGAUGUGAAUUUCUGGCGAGAGCCUAUUCUUGAUUUGGACGAUCUUUCGGACCUGGAUAGCGUUGCUGCGGAAGAAGCAGAUGCGAGCGAAAGGCCCACGAACUUUUCUGAGCCGUUUUCUGAUGCAAAGAGCUCCAAAAGUACAAGCUAUGAGACCAACUCUCCCUCCACGCCCAACAGUCCGUUGCAAGGUUACAAAACCACUGGGAACCCAAAAACUGCAGGAAAACAGUUUUACCUGGAGCUGGGGUCGCCUUUGGCGUCGCCCAAGCUCAAUUACAUGGAUACCGCACACGGUGUGAAGCAACAACUAAAAACACUCAAUAUUUCGAAACCCACUGAGCCCAGUACAGAAGUCUCUGCGUUCCACGUUCUCAACGACAGGCGGGCUAAAAAUGCUGGUCCUGAACCCUCGAAGGAAGUCUUAGAAGAAGCCUCACAGGAAGCUUUUGCUGGCAUGAAAGCGCAUCCAGAGACGACCGACGACGAAUUCGAUGAAGACGAAUUUGACGAGGAUGAUGAAGAAGACGAUGACGACGACGACGACGAAGAUUACGAGCCGUAUCAAAUAGACGAGUCCGGCGACAGCGAAGAACAAGAUUUUGAUUUGGAUCUUGGACUGGACGAAGAAGAGUCUGAUGAAAUGCAUCCUAACGAAGAGAUCAAUGAACACGAAAAUACAAUGGCACAAGAGCGAACGCAAGAACCACAGAAUGACACUAAAACUACGAUCACAGCAGGAACUGGGUAUUGA